AUGCUGCGUCGCGCCGCGUCCACGCUCGCUCGGCGAACGAAGGGGUCGAUCACAUCUCGGUCGUUCGUCACCGCCGAGCUCCCGGACCUCGAGUACGAUUUCUCCGCGCUCGAGCCGGUGAUUUCGGGAGAGAUCAUGGAACUGCAUCACCAAAAGCAUCACAAAGCGUACGUCACAAACUUUAACGUCGCGCAGGAGAAACUGGCGGAGGCGCAGGCGAAGGGUGACUUUUCAACGGCGAUCGCGAUGCAGCCCGCGAUCAAGUUCAACGGAGGAGGACACGUGAACCACUCAAUGUUCUGGAAGUGCCUGACGGCGCCCAAGGAUUAUGCCCUGCCAGAGGGCGCGCUAUUGAAGAUGAUCGAGCGAGACUUCGGGUCGCUGUCGGCGAUGCAAGAUACGUUUACAGCCGCAACGGUGGCCGUGCAAGGUUCUGGAUGGGGCUGGUUGGGCUACGACAAGGCGAACAAGCGACUCGCCGUGACGACGACGGCGAACCAAGACCCGUGCGUGACCACCGGUCUGACGCCGAUCCUCGGCGUGGACGUCUGGGAACACGCGUACUACUUGCAAUACAAGAACUUGCGACCGGACUACGUCAAAAACAUCUGGAAAAUCAUCAACUGGAAGAACGUCGCGGAGAACUUGAACAGCGCGAUGUAA